UGUCAAUGCAAUUUGUGCGGAAACAUGGCGGUGGACAGAUAGGUAUUUACGUCCACCGGUAUCAUCAUACUUCAAGACCUUUUUCUAAUUUACUUUUAUAUAAUAUUGGUUCCUUCGUCAUUCAGAAUUCAGCAUGUCUCUAAACAGAAAUACCGGUUCAUUCAAAUCGUAUUUGAAUGAAAGUUUGUACGUAGCAGAAGAGGAGAAAAAGAAACAGAAGCCUGCAUUACCAAAGCGAACAAGUACUGUUCUGCAUCGCAUCAUCCCGUCUGUAUUCAGAAUCAUAGAAGACUCCAGCAAAGAUGGUGAUGUAGUAAAGACGGACCCUCCUCGACUGCUUGAUGGUGAGGUGAUCAUCUGUCAAACGCCGAACGUGCUCAAGUUUGACUCCUACAAUGGGUCGAACCGUGGAAUAUCUGGAACUCUCUUCUGUACCAACUUCAAGAUCAGCUUCGUCACAGCCAACAGACCUACGCAACAUGUGAUUGAGCUUGACCACAGAAAUCAUCUUUUCAAAGAGAAUGACAUUCCACUUACAGCAGUUAGCCAGCUCUUUCAUGUCAGUAACGGUAAGCGACGUCAGAUGCUGCCUGGGAUGGGGUCGACGAGCCAUGUCAAGCUCAUCGAGAUCAGAUCAAAGAACUUCAAAGUACACAUGUUCAGCUUCAAGUUUGCCCCCAAGAGCACAGUGAAAUCGAUGAUCAACACAAUCUUGCAUCAUGCCUUCCCGACGAACCCACAACUUCUCUUUGCCUUCUUCUUUGAGCUUCCAUCCAACUCGCCCAACUCGCGCCCCAAACGCACCGAAUCCACUCACAACUCUCUCACAAACGGACACGAAGCAAAGAAGGCAUUACCCGUCCGCAGCGGAACCCGCAUCAAGGGACUCCUCCAUCCUCAGCCUAAAUACACGCCGUACCGUGACAGAAUAUCGGCCACGCCUCCGCCCCCGCCGCCGAAUAAACCGGAUCGGGAGAGGCACGGGAGGACACCCCAGUUCAGACGGGUAGCAGACUGGGAGCAACAGAUAAAGAGGACGGGGGCAAGGAACGUCCGGGUCACGGAGGUCAAUCGAGACUUCAGGUUAUCAGACAGCAUGCCAGAGUUCUUCGUGGUACCAGACCCGUGUUCAGACUACGAGCUAAAGAAGGCAUCAACAAACUUUGAAGAUUGCAGAGUACCUUUCUGGUGUUGGAGUCACAGGAAUGGGAGUAUGCUAAUGAGGAUGACGGCACCCUCUGACAACAUUAUCGAAAACGAGUCUGAGAAGUGGUUUCUAGACAGCGUUAUUCACAUCCAUCCCUCCAAGGUGCAUCCAGACAUCAUAGACAUCGGCAAAGAAUGUCCCAGUAUACAGGAACUACAGAGCGGUUACCUCAAGCUUCAGUCCAUGUGCAUGCCAGAAAACAUCAAAGACUUCUGGACGACAGACGAGAAGUGGUAUUCAACGUUGGACAGUACCAAGUGGCUACAGACGAUAGGAACAUGCCUCAGUCUAGCUAAGGAAGCAGCUGACAGAAUCUACAUUGCAGAGAAGACCGUCAUCAUUAAAGAAUCACAGGGUAGAGAUUACUCGUGUGUAGUGGCAAGCCUCUCCCAGAUCAUGCUAGACAGUCACUACCGCAGUCAGCUGGGCUUCCAGAGCCUGUUACAGAAGGAAUGGAUAGUAGCCGGUCACCCGUUCCUUGACCGCUGUGGACACUGUGUCCCCAGCAGCGGAACAGAGUCCCCGAUCUUCCUGCUAUUCCUUGACUGUGUCCACCAGCUGAUAGAGCAGUUCCCAUCGGCCUUUGAGUUCACGGACACCUUCCUGAUAGCCCUCUGGGACAGCAUGCACUCAGGCAUCUUUGGUACAUUCCUGUUCAACAGCGAGCGCCAUCGGAUGAGGACCUGCGUCAGUAGCAGCAAGGGCCAGUACCAGACCACCCAGCUGGCCACUGUAUGGGCCUGGACGCUACAGUUCACCAAAGACGACCAGGCGCUCUUCACCAACCCUCUCUACAUUGCCAAGUCUGAGCUCAAGUACAACGACCUCUUGGACGACGAGCCUGACUAUAGGCAGGGAUGCAAUGCCGGUAUCUACCGCAGCAUCCGCAGGUUGAACAAUGGCAAGUCGUACAUCGGCUCCGACUUCAAGGAGAUGGACAGCUGGACAUUCAAUGGCGGGAAGAGAAGGAAGAAUCCUAAUGUGAACGGUGCCAACUCGGCGAGUAGUGUGUUUGCCAAUUGCGAGGAGGAGAUCAUCAUACCGUUACUGCAGACGCCGACGAUCACCUUAUGGAAUCAUUGUUACCUGCGGUGGGUGCCGAGUGUCCACACGGUGGGAGGGGGAAGUCCCGCAAUCUACCAGCAACAAUGUCGGCUGGUGGAUGAGAUACAGCAACUCAGAGAGACCCUGGAGAACCUGAAGGUCUCCAAGGAAUCCGUAGCCGCGCCUCCUACGAAGCCCAAGCGAAAGAGCAGGUUGUUUUUCACCUCUCAAGAUGACUUGAAACGGAACCAUGAGGCGCUCACCUCCGCCUUCCCCUACUCCAUCAGCGAUCUGGAGUUUCUAGGUGGGGAUCGAAGGUCCUUUUUGGCCACACCCCUUGCAAGGUUUCUAGGAGGACAGAGUUUGUUAGAGCAGGAGGGGGGUGGUGAGAUACCAGAGAGCGACGCGGAGACCGUAGAGGAACUUGAAAUGUGAUUGCAUAGUCGCAGAAUUCAUUUUGAACUAGGAGACUGACAGUGCCUAUUGAUGGAACACUGCAUUUGCCUCGGAGAAAGUUUGACUUUGAUGUCAAUCACUAUUGUGUAUCUCUGUGAAACUUUAACUUGCCACACCAAGUUUCUCUGGGAAUCAUCACAACCUUUCCUGUGAUAUUUUCCUUCCUGUACACACUCAACAUCACUAGAACUAUUUCAUUCUCAUUUGUAAAGAUCUCAUUUUCAUCAUUCAGUUCUUCCAGUCAAAAUCAUUGAGGCCGUAAAGUAAUAAGUGAUGGAGAGUGUCCUCUUGCAUUUUGAUAUCUCAGUGUAAUUGAAGAUCACCUAGGUGUUAGUCUAGACUAGAUUAACUGUAAAUAUCAUUCUAAUAGGAGUGCAAUAACGAAGGAAAUGAUAGUAGGCAUUUAAUGUAUGAUUGGUGUAUUUAUCUAGAUAUGUUUUAUAUUUCUCAUAAUGUACAAAACUACUUAAUUUGCUAAUCUUACUCUCUCUGAAAUGAAGGUUUGUCACUGUGAUUUAAGUGUCCAGUAUGACAUUUUUGAUACAACUAGUAGGUAUAUAUUAUCCUCUUUAACUUAGUACUGUUUUAUGUUCAACAGGGAGAGUAUAUCUUUCAUGAGAAAAGAUAUUACUUUUCAUUUUAUUAUGUUCUUUUUAAUAAUUUUGUUGGGUUUUUACUUUAAAAUCACAAAUGACUUCAGAACAACUACAAUUGUUUAUGAAGUGUCACUGAACUGAACACCACAAGAGCCUGUCAUAGAAUCCACCCUCAGAUGAGAUACAUGUACACAUGUCACAACUUGUUUUUAAUGCCCUAUAAAGCGUGUCAUGAAAAAUGUGCAGCACACUUCACAAUCUGAUCAAGACAAAGUCAUGGGUAAUAUACGAUUGAGCCUUGUUCUAAAAGAUCUUCACAUUUAGGUCUGAACUUUGGGUACUGGUAUUCUCACAAAAUGAGAAUAACAGUCAUAGAGCAUCUACCUUUUUUUUUCGUUUGGGGAGAAAAGAAGUGGAGAGGUGGUAGACUGGUGUUUUGAUUCAAUUACAAUUUUGCAGCCAUUAGGGUAUUUUGCCUGUAAAAGCCAGAACGGUGAGGGUGUUGAUUCAAGGUAUUAACCCCCUUACUUCUAAAUUCUCUAAUUCCCAUAUGCUUAAUACAUGCACCACCCAGUUCCUAUAGGCAAUGGGUUAACUCUUGUGUUAAAGGUUUGCGCUAAUGCCUUUCUGGCUCUUGUCAAAUGUUUUCUUUGAAUCAUCAAGGCAUACCCUACCCUAAGAGUGGGAUUGACCAUAUUGUGAAGAUGAAAUAUGAGCUCCUAAUAAGGCUCUCUGAUGUUUUGUGUCUGACAGAACAAAUGAACCAUGGUCAUCUUUUUAAAAUCAGUUUGUAGCCUUGGUGCUUCAUCCUGGAUCCUUUUUUUUUUUUUUAUAGUAUUUCUUAUUUGAAUGCAGCACGGCAAGGGAAUAGUGAUCUUAGUUCUGACAUAGAUCUGAAUCUCUAUUGAUGUUUUUCUGUAUUCAUGUGCUCAUCUCUUCCAAGCUGGAGAAAAUUUCAUUUUUAUGUAAUGAGUCUUGAAUAAGUUUUAAAGCGGCAUAUUCUGAAAUUUAGUAAACAACCGGUUACAGCUUCAUCUACCACUAAUUCUCAAUACGACUACGAUUAG